AGCACAGCGUCUCCGCCCAACAUGUAUACUACAUCCUUUGCCUUUUUCGAGGCCAUCUGGGAGGCUGGUAUCACCCAUUGCUUCGUGAACCUGGGCUCAGACCAUCCCAGCAUCAUCGAGGCCAUGGUCAAGGGCCAACGUGAGAAGAAGGGAGCCUUUCCUCGCAUCAUCACAUGUCCCAAUGAGAUGGUCGCCAUGUCUAUGGCUGACGGGUACGCCCGCCUCACCAACAAGCCACAGGCUGUCAUCGUCCACGUCGACGUCGGCACGCAAGGCUUCGGCGCUGCCGUACACAAUGCCAGCACGGGUAGGGCGCCCGUUCUCCUCUUUGCGGGCCUCUCGCCGUUCACUCUUGAGGGCGAGAUGCGCGGCUCCCGCACUGAGUACAUCCACUGGAUCCAGGACGUACCCGACCAGAAGCAAAUCCUGGCUCAGUAUAUGCGGUACAGCGGCGAGCUGCGCACGGGUAAGAACGUCAAACAGAUGGUCAACCGCGCCCUGCAAUUCGCGCGGUCAGCGCCUCAGGGCCCUGUAUACCUGUGUGGCGCCCGCGAGGUCAUGGAGGAGGAUAUCCAGCCCUACUCGGUUGAGCAGAAGUAUUGGGAGCCCGUGGAGCUGGGUGGCCUGCCGUCGCAUGGCGUCAAAGACAUUGCUGAGGCGCUGGCGGGUGCCAAGGAGCCGCUGGUGAUCACUGCAUAUGCCGGUCGGAACCACAAGUUCCCCGCGAAGCUGGUCGAGCUGGCGAACACCGUCAAGGGGCUGCGUGUGCUGGACACGGGCGGUAGCGAUAUGUGCUUUCCUGCAUCUCACCCGGGCUGGGUGGGCCUCAGAUUCGGCCGCGAGGACGUGAUCCAGUCCGCUGAUGUCAUCCUCGUGCUGGACUGCGACGUGCCGUGGAUUCCGACGGGGUGCAAGCCCAAGAAAGACGCCAAGAUCUUCCAUGUUGACUGUGACCCGUUGAAGCAGAUGAUGCCAUUGUUCUACAUCGACGCAGAGCAGCGAUACAGGGCGGACAGCCUGACCGCGACCGAGCAGAUCACUGAGCGUCUCAAGACCGACGAGACAUUAAAGUCCACACUUGCAAGUGCAGAGGCCAGCGAGCGGGGUGAGGCACUCCAGGCAAGCUACAACAAGAGGCUCGCGGAUAUCGAGGCGCGGAUCAAGCCUACCGACAACGGCGAGUUCGGCUCGGGGUACCUGAGCAGGAGGCUCAAAGAGUUGUGCCCCAAGGAGACGAUCUGGGCGAUCGAGGCUGUCACCAACACGGUAUUUGUACAUGACAACCUGCAGCCUGAGGAGCCGGGUUCGUGGAUCAACUGCGGCGGUGGUGGGCUGGGUUGGUCUGGUGGCGGUGCGCUGGGCAUCAAGCUCGCGACGGAUGCAGAGACGGGCGGGCCAGGUAAGGGCAAGUUCGUGGUACAGAUCGUGGGCGAUGGGACGUUUUUGUUCUCCGUGCCAGGGAGUGUCUACUGGAUUGCUCAGCGAUAUGGCAUUCCCGUGUUGACCAUUGUGCUGAACAACAAAGGUUGGAACGCGCCGCGAAAGUCGCUCUUGCUCGUUCACCCAGACGGUUUGGGUUCCAAGGCAACCAACGAGGAGAUCAACAUAUCCUUCCAGCCGACGCCCGAUUACGCCGGCAUUGCCAAGGCGGCGGCCUGUGGUAACCUGUAUGCUGCGCAGGUUGACAAUGUCAAAGACCUCGAUACUGUCCUGAAGGAAGCUAUCGAAAGUGUCAAGAGCGGCACCAGCGCGGUGCUAGACUGCAAGGUACUCAAGGAUUGCUAGAUUCUGUUAGGCUCCUAGAAGCAGACCGCAGUGCGUCGAUUAAGUCAAGUGUCUCGUCCAUGUCGGAUGGAUGAUGGGUGGGGGAGUUGUUGGUCGGGCAGACUUGAAGAAAUCUCUUUUGGGCAUUCCUUACUGCGGAAUGAUAUAGACUGGUGAUCGGCGCAAGACCUGUUGCAUGCGACCAUCGGAAACAUAUGCACCUAUGAUGAUCUGAUUUUCAUGCCGUGUACCAUCGCUUACGAUGUGGUACUCCAGAGCUCACUAUAUUUUCCAUGUCAUUGGUUCUGCCCUGGUCACCUAAGCUGGUCUCAAGGUCUCGAACAGCACACAUUUUUUUUUUCUUCCUAUUCUUUUCUUUUCUUCCUCCCCCACCCCCUCCCAACUAAAAAGAAAAAAAAGACGCUGUUAAAUAAUUAAGACAUUCCUCUGC